UGACUUUCGAAAACUAAAUCUUCACAAGAAGGGUGCGAACAUCAAAAAGUUCGCAGCUGUAUGUUGUACUUGUGACAGGAGGUUGCCUCGUCACGACAAGCAGUUUUCUUCGAUGAGUUGCGAUACCCCUGCGGGCCUUGGUGUCCCCGUCACCCCCGACCGCCGCUCCGGGAGUUUCACUUCGCAAGACUCGAGCAUCAAACAACCGAAAACCCGGAACGCGAUGGGAGGGCAGCACAUCCCGUUCCUCUUCGUUCCCCCGGGAACGACUGCGCGGGCGAGAAAUGGGCAACACGUUCCGCAGAGCAUGGGUACUAAAAAUUAUGCAUAAAAUGCUUAUUCGAUAAUUUUAAUUUCGAUAUGAGAAAGCCAAAGCCCGGUCGCAAGACGCUCGUUCUAUGUACUUAAUAUGACAUUUGAUUUCAUCGCGCCGCGACGUCAAUAGAUUUGGGAGGUCACCAUGAUGUUCAUUUUCUAUUGCGUUCCAUCUUCCUCGGAAUUCAUAUUCCAAUCCUUUACUCCAAUCGUACGAACAGAGCGGUCGGAUGCACUGAUGAGUUUGACGCUGAACCUGCUAGAAACGUACCAGAAUUGCAACCCGGAGUUCAAGUACAACCAGAACAAGUCGGCGCCGAAGCGGGUGUUAACCAAGCUGGCCGAGGGUGUGUACAACAAUGGAUACGACAACUCGAAGCACGAUUACAUCUGCCGGGUCCGCGACCAGCUGACCAGCCCGGACGGGCGGAUCUACAGCAUCGUCGAGCGGCUGGGUCACGGAACGUUCGGGCAGGUGCUCAAGGUGCAAAUCCUCCAGCAGGACCGCGAGAGGUACAACGUAAAUCCCGCGAAGGCGAUGGCAGAAGGGGAACAGCAACACCAGGUUCCAUUGAACAACAGCGCCGGUACCCCUCCGUUUUCUACUGCCGAAUCUGGUGGGAUGGAUCAACAACUGCACAGCAAUAACGCCCACAACAGCCAGCAGUUGUUGAAGGAGGGCGGGCACGUGGCGCUGAAGAUCAUUAAGAACAAGCCGGCCUAUUUCCAUCAGGCCUUGGUGGAGGUUCGCAUCUUGAAGAUGCUGAACGAGAAGUACGACGAGGAGAGCCGCAUCGUGCGCAUGCUGGACUUCUUCGUGUACCGGAAACACCUGUGCAUCGCGUUCGAGAUUCUCAGCGUCAACCUGUACGACGUGUUGAAGCAGAACGGGUUCCGCGGCCUGUCCACGCUGUUGAUCCGGAACCUGGUGGAGCAGAUCGUGCGCGCGCUGCAGUGCCUGCGGAAGGCGCGCAUCAUCCACUGCGACCUGAAGCCGGAGAACGUGUUGCUGUCCACCACGCGGACCACCAAUAUCAAGCUGAUCGACUUCGGCUCCGCCUGCUUCGAGGGCCACAUCGUCUACACCUACAUCCAGUCGCGCUUCUACCGAUCGCCCGAGGUGCUGCUCGGCCUGCCCUACUCCUCUGCCAUCGACCUGUGGUCGCUGGGGUGCAUCUGCGCCGAGCUUUUCAUUGGGCUGCCGGUACUAAGCUGUUCUGCUUCGAUGUCGUGUGAUUUGCAGUUAUUGAUUCAGUUGGCAGGAGUUCCUGCCGACGGCGGUGUCGACGCUUUCACCACAUGACCAACUCCGGUUUUGAUGUCGGUGCAACGUUUCGGCACAGCUACGCCAAAAAACGCUGCCAUCUUUUAUCUACGCCAUAUCCAUAAAUCAAAACAGUACAGUCGAUUCAUUGGUGAAAUACAAACUGUUCAAAUGUAAGGAUCCCUUGGCAUGGUGACCAAAAUCAAAAUCAGAUCUUUCCCGGUUGCAGCGAGUAUGACCAAGUGAAGCGCAUCACGGAGGUAUGCGGCAUUCCGCCUGCCCGUAUGAUGGAAGGAGGAAAUGCGUCGAAGUAUUUCGUUCCCGUGCCCGUGAAUCCGGAGGUCGACAACAACCAGACCGACAACUGCUCCAGCGAGUCGGCGAGCGGCGAAGAGGAGGAGGAGGAUGACGAGGAUGAGGAAUCCACGAGCACGUUAGCAAGCCCCACCAUCCUCCAAGCGCCGAAUAACCAAGCGCAGCAAACAAACGCUCAAGUAGUAGGUCAAGGGGAGCAGCCACCUGCCACAGCGACGGCUGGUGGAACUACAGCUACCGCUGCGGCAAGCAACGGCAGCGCAGCGAAUUGCGCGUCGGACCAGCAGCAGCAGACUACAGCGAGCAUCACGACGGAGUUGCUGCAGCGGAGCAGCGGCGCGAGCAUGAACACGAAGCAAGGUCGGCAGCAGUUGAUGAACGGCAUGAACUUGGUCCGGAACGAGAGCCGCAACACCAUGGCGCCACCACCCGGGGCAAACUCGUCGACCACGGGUAGUACCACGACCUCGAACAAUAACAGCAACCUCCCGUUUCCUGGUGCACAGUCCGGUUUGAACCCCAACAGUGAUCUUCAACAUCGGGACCACCCCGGAAGCAAUAGCGGUUCGUGUGCCAGUACGCCGUGCAGCAGCAAGCUGCCGCCGCCGCCGGUGUACGCCCCUCCGCCGCGGGCGACGAAUUCCCUGUCGAUCAAGACCGGGAACACGACCCCCUCCGGUUCGGCCAGCAGUACCAACGCCUCCGCGAAGGCCACGCCCACCAAUUCCUCCUGCUCGUCCGACGUGAACACCGGAAACGAGUCGUGUUCCACGACGGAAAACAACAGCCAAACGUUGAUCAAGGGCGGCUUUCCGGGGGAAAAUGUGGUAAAAGCGGCCCCGAACUUUACCUCGUCGAAGAACGCCGCGUCGAAAAACACGCCGCCGCUGAACUACCUUCAGGCUCUGGUCGGUGGCGGCGGCAACCAACCGGUCAAGGCGGCGCACCGCGGCAAGGCCAGCCUGUUUCAGCAGAGUAUGAAGGCCAGCUCAAAGUCCACGUCCAUUGCGGGUUCGGCCAGCAUCGGUGGAGGCAACGUGACUAAUGUCAGCCCGAAAACCGCCCUGGUAAGUGGUGCUGCAACUACUGCAACCACUCCUGCAGCUCAGCAACCAAGUGUUGACAAGAGCAAGAAGAACGAGGCCACGACUGCAACUGCGGUUUGUUCGCCGACGUCCAGCGUUACGACCAAGACGAACAAAACUGAUGCAGAGAAACAGCUAGUGUCGUCGAGUAGACCUGAUGCUGGUGCUGGUGCGACCGGCACUGCCACAUCGAAAAGUUCCUCGAACGAUUCCUGUUCGCGGGAGGAGGACGCGCGAACUGAGUACACGUUGGAUUUCGAAAGCGAUUCGCUGCUGCCCUCCCGGGUCCCAACGGGAGAUGUUGUGGUUCCAGACUCGGAGAGGAUCGUCGAGACCAUUGUCGGGACCGGUGUCAACUUGCACGUGUCUGACACCGUGUCAAAUUCCACCGAGCUGCCCUCGAAGAAAAAUUCCAUUAUCGGGAGUAACCAACUCUUCUCGCUCUCGGCGACGGAGGUGGAUCCCACGGCCCAACGAGGUCCUGCCGCCGCCGGGUCGAAGGGAAGCUCCUUGCACAAUCUGGGCGACGACAGCGUCGCGGCCAAUUCCGACUGCGCAGCGGUCGCCAUUCGCUCGGCGGUGAGCGGCGUGCUAGAGGCGGUGCUCGAAAACCGUCCCUUGCGGUCCUCAGGAAGCAAAAGCAAAAGCUCCAAGAACGCUUCCGGGAAGCCGACGGGGGCGGACGGAAUGUCGAAUAAACCUACGAAAGGGGUAUGUAGACUAAAAAGUUCGGAUUUUAUGAAGCUUGAUCAUGUGCAAAAGGACAAAAAUCAGUCUGGCACCGAAACGUGCAGCCGUUAAGAAUGUAUAGAUGAUUCGACGCACCGUCCUACGUACUCAAAUUUAUCGCAGGUGCUGACGCAGUCCUGCGAGCAGUUGAGCCUCCAUUUGCUGUUAGGGAACGGCAACAACGAGCGCGUGAAGAAGGCGAAGAAGCGCGGCAAGCGCAAUUUGUCCUCGCCGCUCCGCACGCGGUCGGCGCCCCCGCGGAUGAAGACCACCGGCAAGCGCAAGCGGCAGACCCGGAAGCGCGCGACGACGCUGGGCUCGAAUGUGAGCGCGACGACGCGGGCGGCCGCGGGCCCGACGCUGUCUCGGACCACGCGCACGAGCUCGAACACCAACGCGAUCGUCGUCAACAAAACGGCGACCACUUCGACGACCGCGACGGCGGCCAACACGAUUGACCACGCAGGCAUGCCCGCGACCAAGCUGCACAACAAGCAGGCCAGCGCCAUGGUUACGUGGCGGCUGAAAACGAAGGAGGAGUACGAGCGCAGCACGCAGAAAAAGGAAGGGCCGUCCAAAAAGUACUUCGAUUUCUCCUCCCUGGAAGAGAUGGUCCAAUCGGUGCGGGCAAGCAAAACAACGCCGGAGGAAAAGAAACGUCGAGAGCAGCUGCUCGACUUCCUGAAGCAACUCUUCCAAAUCGAUCCGGCCAAACGCAUGACCCCGGACGAAGCCCUGCGGCACCCGUUUUUGACCGGCCAGACCACACCUGUUGCGGCUACGGCUACUGAGGUAUUAAUGGAAAGAACUUACUCAUCUUCAUUGAAAUUGAAUCAAGAGCACUGGUAGAGAAAUCAGUCACGGGCAACUGCAAAUGUGACUUAUUUACUUACUCGAUAGAUGUUGAUUUGUGCAAAAGAGAACAAACUUUCCUUUUCCUUUCUUCCAGGGCGCCCCCUGUUUCCCGACGCCCGCGCCGGUGCACAAGCAGGAUUUCAAAUCGGAUGCCACUGUGGAUGCGGCGCAGCCGUUCCUGUUGCCGCCCAUGCCCGAUCUGACCGAAGAAACUUUGCGCUGCCUGGACUUACCGCCCGACCAGCCCGAAUCCUACCGUCCCCCGGUGGAUGCCUUACCGGACAGUUACUUCUACGGCUUUCUCCACGGGCGGUACCGCGAGCAGCGCACCACGAUGCAGCAGGUGCAGGAAGGCGCGCCCGGCACCGGUGCCCCCAGCAGCAGUACCUCGACGCCCGCGUCCGGGGCCGGGGGCUCCUCUGCAACGCUGCAGCCGGUCAACCAGCACUACAGCAAAAGUGCAGGAGCCCCUGGGCAAGUUUCUGCUGCUGCGAUGGCUUCUGCGCAAUUGUACUCCAACGUCGCGAGCGGUGGCGCCAAGGCGGCCCCUCCGCCGGUGCCGCCCCCACUUCCUGCGACCCAGCAGCACGCGCAAGCCACCCCAACCUCUGGACAGCACUCAUUGUCGAUGAGUCACGGCGGAGCACCAGUGCAGGUUGGUUCUAAUGUUCCAACUUUUGUCGCGACCAAUGCAGCCUCUGCUUCUGCGCAGGGUGUGCCGCACGUCCAGGUGGCUGGCACGAUGCACCCAGCAGGGCCCCCGCAAUUCCCGCACCAGCACGCGACACCGACUUCGUCCUUCACGUCGCGCGGUGCGUUUCCGUCCCGUGGAUUCGCCACCCCGCUCAGCGAUGCCACGACCUCCGCGCCGUGGGCGGAAAAGAGUGACUCCUCGAUGGCUGACCCGAAGGGCGUUGUUCAGCAGGGGGGUCUUCACAACAAGCAGCCGGUGCCGCAGGCCACAACGCCGCAGGACUUGCAGCACCACUCUUCUGGCGGGUCCUCGUCCACGACAGCCUCCUUGACCAACACGCCGACCACCAUGCAUCAGUACCACCCACCGCAGCGCGCGACCGCCGGCGGACAGUGGCCGGUGCCGCGUGCCGGGGGUCCACCGAGCCGGGAUAAUUCCCGAGUGGCCUACGCCAAUCCACCGCAGCAGCCACCGCCGCAUGUCGCCGUGGUGGGCAGCCCGGCCGGGCAGCCGCCGCACCAGCAUCCAGGGAAUCGCGGACGUAGUUUUCUAGUUUGUUCUCCCAUGAGGCUCGUAAUUUCUGUGACAACUCCUAGUGUUUUGAUGCACGGUGCUGGUACUUCUCUCAUGAAUGUAGCGCUUUGUAAUCAACAACAUCAAAAUUCGCUUUUCUCAAAAAAAUCCAUGCAGAAAACAACGCUGGUCUCCGGCUGGUGCAAUACAAUGCUAAGCCUCCUGCGUAUCACCAGAAGCGCCGUGCAAAGUACGCCCGCCCGCAUUCUUGGUCCUACGGAGCUCCAGGGAUGCAGCAGCCGCACACUCCGGGAGAUCGGUACGAAGUUGCUACUUUUUUAUUCGAUUCACAAAUGUGAUGUGUUGCUAUCAAAAGAUGCAGAGUCCGUAAUCAAAUACGUGACUCACGAUUUCGUCGCCUAUCAUGGCAAACAAAAAUCGAUAGGUCGAGCACGGGCAACCCGGGUAAUGCGAGUGGUCCGGGUUACAUGGUUUCGUCGGGGGGUUCGAGCAACACGUCGGGACCGCAGCAGCUGCAGCCGCCGCCCCAGCAGCAAUAUUCGUAUCACCCCGGUGUUGUAGGUGGAUCUGCGACCAGCCAGCAGCAAACGCACGUGCACCAACAUGCGACGCACCUCCAGCCACCGCCGGCGCAGCAGCCUCCCCAUCACGUGCAAUCCCGCGGGUCUUCGCCGUGGCACUUGCCCAGCCCCAUUUCCCCGGCGUGUUCAGUGGUGUCGGAAUCUUGGGCAACCAGUACCAACAACAGGCAAAUCUUUUCGCCGGCGGACAGUUGGACCAGCGACGAUCACGACUACUCCCGGGCAGCGCACUACUAUUCGAGCUCCCCACCAUCGUCUCUGGACUCUUCUCGCAACCAGCAUCACUCGUCGUCCUACAACGCGUACAAUGCUCAUGGGGGACCGCACGGGCAGCAGCAAAUGUCAGCGGGCGGCGGCGGCUGGAACAACGUUACGAAACGUGGCCAACAAGACUUCUCGAAGCAGAUGAUGCACAAUAGGACUACAUGAACAAUCGAUGCUCAGCUUUCAUGACGCCAUACCUUGGCAUGCAUGGGUUUUGUUUUGUCAUUAUCAGGAUUUCCAAAAGACGUUUGACAGACUGCACUCUUUGCAUCUUCCAUAAAGAAAUCCAACACAGUGAUGACUGGGUUGAUUGUUGGUGUUGCAGCACACCACCUUCGUUGUAUCUUCGAGUUGUUCUUGAUGACUUUCAGUUUUACAGCCGUCGGCCCGUACGCAACUGUGCCACAGCAUCCUCAAUUUGUCGGAGCGGAAGUUCACGCGCAGAUGCCACUGGACAGUGAGAUGAAGCGCUUUCACCCUCUGGCGGCGCCGAAACAAAUUUCAGGCCAAUCCUUUCGCGCGAAAACGGGCAUGUCAGACUCUGGGCCGGUCAUGGCGAGUAAGUAUGGCAAAUAACAAAGAGUAAAACUUACUCUCGGCAAAGGAACAAAUUUUUGCAAGCGCCAAGCCAGCUUGCGAAAAGAUGAAGGUGUCCGGUAGACGUUGUUAGAAGUUGUCUGCAGAUAUUUUUGUGCGGACUCACAAGAUAUGACGUUGCGGGGACGACUUAUGUACCUGCGAGGAGCCCUUCUGUCACUCACAUUGCUGUCAAAGAGAAACUUUUAGAUAUACUCCCUGAAAAACCAUCGUGUGCGCUUCGUUUGAAGCGACUUGGCAGUAACGAUUUUUUGAAAUAAUUGCAAAUAGAAUUUUCAUGAAAAAUAACUCUCUCUGCUACAUGGGUGAAUGACUUUUGUUGUCGCAGUUGCGAAGGUUCCACUAAGGUAAGAUAAGAAACAUUCGCUUUUAUAACGAAGAGCUUCGCUUCGUUGGUGCCCCCGCUGCCUCUACUACCCUGAAAUUUUUAAAAUUUUCGGAUGUUUUUUGCUAGCACUCUACUGUCGAUGCAAAAAUACUUUUUUUAACAACAAAGGUAUAAUUUGCUUGUCUAAUGUCAUACGACGCUUAAGACUUUUAGAGCGUUAGUACUAAACCACCACUUUCCUCCUGUACUACGUCAGCCGCGUGGCGCGCCCGUUGCAAGCGAUCUUUUCGGAAGGUGCAGUGCUAUAUUUUUGAAGGCAACAUCAACUUGCAACAGCAACACCUCGACGAAUUCGGAAUCUCGAAACAUUUUUAGCCGACAACAAAGAUAGUAGAGCGAGAGUUCCGAAUUUUCCGGUUUUUCUAAUGGAAUUACAAGACUUUGCAGCUGAACUACUUACAACUAUGUAAUUUUCCACCGCCAUGCAUAAAGGUAAGGAACAUUUGUCCCGUGUGGUGGACAAGCUACGUCUGCUUCAGAGUAUUUGAAGAAGUUUUAGUUUCAUCAGAAAGUUUCUGGACAAUAAUCUGCCGAGCGCCAGCUCUUCCAGCGAUGACAUUUCGCAGCGACUUUUGCAUCUUUUUAAGAAAAUAGGCCAGGUACAGAAGGCGCCGUCAUUGUCAGGUCCCGGUUCUCUUUCUUUUCGGGCUCUGCCGAUGUCACGGCGACGACUUAUCUGUCGCAGUUCUGUCGUGGGCGAAAGGAUUUGCUGUGGAAGCGAAUUGCUCGAGAAUGCAUCCCUGUUUUAUCGGAGGCAUUAAUUAUCAUUUUUUCGAAUUCAGUUUUUGUUUGGUUUGCGACCGAUUUCGACAACCUGCCUAUUGUAGUUGUAGCGCCAGAAAGUUGCACUGAUAAUCGCAAAUCAGAGCCUGGAUAACCGAUGCAGCUCCCCUACAACUAAAUUGAAGACUCGCACACUUUUUCUAAGACAAAAAAAAAACAAGUACAAGGAACAGAGCCUUCACUAUUUUCUGAUGAAUUUCUAAUCCUGUAAAAAUUGACUUUGAAAUCUUAAAUUUUUUGAGACAUGUAAAAGACAUUGAGAUCGAAGAUGGAUGAUAUUUUCAGAUAGCUCUAGAUGAUAGUUGCUACUAAGUCCUUUCGCUUUCUGCUUUUACAAAACAAGCAGAAAUUUGUAAAAGUCGACUGCCUAAUUACGGACUUCAUCGCCACUUAGCCAACCGCAAAAGGAACAACAACAAUCUGUUGAUAGCCUGGACGACGCGAUUAUCUUGUGCUUACCUUCCCCCCACGCUUCAUCAUGGCGAAACUUUGACUGCCCGCCAGAGGUUGCACCUACCUAUCACAAGUUGGCAUCUGACCCAAGAUAAAUUUCCCAGAGGGGAAAGCAGUCGGGACCUGGAAAUUGCAAAAAAAUAUCAAAACCAGUAGAGAAAAAGCAAAAUUCUUCUUCGAAAUAGGCGCCAAACAUUGUAAAAGAGCAGUUGGAAUACUUACAUGUGUGUCCAUGCAGCUAUCCAUACACCCAAAGAGUCGGUCGCACUAAGUGCUUCAAAGACCACCUACUCGGCGGGGUAGUAGAGUUUACAAUCACAAAUAAUUGUUUCGAAGCACACCACCACAGGGUCGAAAAAAUCUAUGUCUCAUCUUGUUUCAAUAAACUAGAAAGAGUUAGGGCUGAUUAUAUGAUAGAAAAAGAAAAAGAUGCCUUGUUCCGCAGCGCAGAUAUUGAAUAUCGUCGAAGCAAAAGUAAAAGAUUCAAACCUCGUGCAAAAAUAUGAUUUGAGAUUCAUUUCUUUAGAACGCCGUAUAUUGAUUUCUUUGCGACAAAAAAAUCUUUCUGUGCCAUAUUGCUUCGCGGGGUGUGUGCUAGGGCGCCGCGAUUGGUCGUGAUAUGUUUCAUGACGCCCGGUUGCAGUCCCUAGUACGACGCGCGAAAGUUACGUAGAUGUUGUGUGAAUUGCCGCGCGACGUAGUUCUGUCUCCACCCAAAUUAGAAAGUAAAGCAGUCACAGUUUCAGAUGAAUCAGAAUGCAACGAUACCUACUUUCCUGUCGACAAAUGAUCCAGCCCCGACGUACGUCGCUCUUGAUGACACAUUCGUCCGCAAAGACAAAAAUAGAAACGACGACAACGCCCUCUUUUCGUUAA